AUGCUGACGAGGUCGGCCAGCCAUCACGGCAGCAGUUCAGAUCUUUACGUCUCGAACAGGCUACUGAACAACCCGGGCCAGCGCUCUGGUUCUCUGACUGCCGCCACUGCCCCGUCCUCGAGCAGCUUCCCCCCAGAGUCCGCCUCGUCAUCGCCUCCUCACCAUCGAAGCACGCCGGAGUCGCCCUCGCCCUCUUCGACGCUCGGGCACCCGGCAGCCUCGAGGAAACGUGGCCCGUCGACGCUGGAUCUCGAGACACAUACGGACGGUGGCUCCAGCGGUCGACCUCGCGUCGAACCCAUCCAGAUCAGGAGCCCCAAAGGCGAUCAUAUCUGUCUGUGCACGCCGGCUCCCAAGAUUCGGAGGCCUCGGAACGCCUUUAUUCUCUACCGAACCCACCACCAAGCCCGGAUCGUGGCCGAGAACCCCAAGCUCCCCAACCCAGAAAUCUCCAAGAUCAUCGGCUUGCAGUGGCACGACGAGCCCGAAUCGGUCAAAGAGACCUGGAAGAGGCUCGCGGAAGAAGACAAGCGCAAGCACGCGCGACUUUACCCAAACUACAAGUUCCAGCCUCGUCGUGGCGGGAAGCCCGGCUCGGCGGCUAGAACAUCAUCGUUGAGCGAAGGCUCCGAUCCGAGUCACUGUGUCAAUUGCGGUGGCAGGUCCAUCACCACGCCCAACACGCCUCCGCUGCCCGGAUCAGUAUUGACGCCCGUCGCAAUGUCUCACAAGAUGGCAGGCGGUCCGCACAGUAGCCAGUCUAUCUACCCACCCUCUGGCCGAGCAGGCCCUGAACAUGCCUACCCUAGUGGUCGGUUCAUCUUUGGAGAAGAACGGGAGGUCAUCUCAUCGCCGUCCAAAAGACCCCGGCUUGACAGCGAUGGCGCCUACUACCACCACCCGAUGCAGUCCCCACCGCCGCCGCAGCAUCCGCAGAGUCCAUACACGUCCGGACCUGCUAGGAUCCGCUACGAACAGCACGGUCGCCAUCCUUCUGUCGUCCGACGGCAGAGCCAAAAUUAUCGCAACCCAGCCGACAGUAAUGGAUACCCGCCACCACCAGGACACAGUCAGUCACAACAGUACCGAGGCACCAUGGCUCCCCCUCCCCCUCCCCCGCCGGCGGCGCUUCGCCCAUCCCUCGGAUUCGGUCCCGACCGCAGGCCGACGCCCUCGCAGCCCCAGUUUGACGAGUCGCUGCGCCUGCCACCUCUCCAGUCACGAGCAGAGCCACAGAAGCCUCAGCAGACGCAACCUUCGCUGCAGCAGAAAUCGCAGCAUUCGCCCGUGUCACAGCGCCACCACGCACACCAGCCAUCGACCACGGCGCCCCCGCCUGCGUUGGCGACGACUGCCGCCAUCAGUCAGCGCGAGAUCGAGGCGCGCAGCGUCGAAGCCAUGGUCAUGAGCAUCCCCUACGCCAACAAGCUGCAGGUUCUGGAGCGCAUCAGCCCGCCCCUGGCGCCGCCUGGCCCCAGCAGUCCUGUCGUGGAGACGCGCGGGCCCAUAGUGGCCAUCGAGGGUUCGCACCCGGGCCUGAUGGAGGCCGUGGGUAUGAUCCUGCAGCGCGUGCUCGAGGAGUCUCGCGAGUGUGCCGUCAAGACCUGGUCGGACGGCAAACCGCCUGCCACGACGGCGGGUGAUCACGUCAUGGAGGAGCAGCCGCAAGACGCCGCGAGCACUCCAGACGGCGACCGGACCCCUAGGGCGGGAGAAAAGAGAACUGCGGCAAACGCCGUCAUCGAGGACAACACAUCGGACACCCUGGAGGCGACAAACAGCGUAGCCGAGUCCGACGCGGAGAUGAGCGACGCGCCGAGCGUCUCACGCCGCAAGUCGUCGUCGGACGAGUCCGCCGCACAGCAGCCGGGCGGCCUCAGUGCGUUCCUCCCCUACCUCGGCAAGAUACAGGAGUGGCACCGCAGGUCGGACGAGAUAGUCAAGUUUGUCACGACCAAGCCCGUGGGCGCGAGCGGCAGGGACAACAGGACGCCGGUGGCGCUGAUCACGGGCGGCUUCAGCCUGCACAUCUCGGACUGGUUCGCGUCGCGGGUGAGCAUCACGGACGCCUACGCGCCCGUCGACCACUGGCAGUGGAUGGCGACGCUGUGGCGCGGCAUCGUGGGCCCGGACCUGGUCGUCUACGUGCGCAAGUCCAAGGCCGAAGACAUCAGGGCAUUUGGCGCCGUCGAGGUCAAGAGCCCGCGGCUGAUCGUCGUGCGCGUCGACCCGCCGGUCGGCGAGGUUCAGCCGCGGCUUAGCGAGUCCAUGAAGCGCCGGGUUGGCUUUGAGAUUAUGGAGUGGGUGCGAGGCGGAAGCUUCCGUCAGGGAUUCUGA